AUGGCGUUUCUAUUUAACCGGAGCAGACAGCGGCAGCCUGCAGAAGUUGCGAGGACGACCAAAGACCUGCUGGUCAAGCUGCGGGACGGUCCUGGCGAUGCAAAGACAGAAGAAGACCUGGCUAAACAGCUGGGCCAUAUGAAGCUGAUAGUCCAGGGGACUCAAGGUCUGACUCUCACGCCACCCCCCUCUGUACCACUUGCGCCAGCUAACCAGGUUGGAAUAGAGGUUGAUACACUGCCAGACCAGGUGCAGCAGCUGGUGCAUGCUGCACUACAGGAGGACCUUCUCUUUGAUCUAGCUCGAUCUAUUCCUAAUCUCCCCUUUGAGGCCCGCAAGGACACCCAGACCAUCUUCUCGCAUAUCCUACGCUUCAGGCCAGACGCAUCAACCGCAACUCCGACCAUACCAAACGCAGGCGGUAGCUCUGGCUCCAUAUCAUCUACAUCUGGCGACCCGCCCGUUAUCUCAUAUAUUGUACAUAAGCGGCCCGAGAUCCUGACCCAGCUAUGUCGUGGCUACGAGAACAACAAGAGCGCGAUGCCGUGCGGGUCUAUUCUACGGGAGGCGUUAAAGUAUGAGGUUGUGGCUGGUAUCAUCCUAUACGAUGAGUCUGGGGAAGGGGAGAGAGCGAUACGACUUAACGAGAUACAACCGGGCAAGAAGCAAAGCGGUGAAGGGCUGUUUUGGAGUUUUCUGAGUUGGAUUAACCAGAGUAGUUUUGAAGUUAGCGCCGAUGCGUUUACUACUUUUAGGGAUAUCUUGACACGGCACAAGGCACUGGUGGCAGGGUACCUGAGCGCCAACUUUGACCUGUUCUUCGGCCGGUACAACAACAUCCUGGUGCUGUCAGAUUCGUAUGUGACGAAGAGGCAGAGCAUCAAGCUGCUGGGCGAGCUGCUGCUGGACCGCGCCAACUAUAAUGUCAUGACAGCGUAUGUGGACAGCGGCGACCACUUAAAGCUAUGCAUGAAUCUGCUACGAGACGACCGCAAGAUGGUGCAGUACGAGGGCUUCCACAUCUUCAAGGUGUUUGUGGCCAACCCGAACAAGAGCGUAGCCGUGCAGAGGAUCCUGAUCAACAACCGCGACAGGCUGCUCAAGUUCCUGCCCAAGUUCCUGGAGGACCGGACAGACGACGACCAAUUCACGGAUGAGAAGAGCUUCCUGGUGCGGCAGAUUGAGAAUCUUCCUAGUCAGGCACAGUGA